AUCGGAUGUGUAACAACAUAACAUAAUUGGAAUAAACGUCCUAGUCUCUCCAGUAUGGUUCUGUGCAGCUACACAAUAUCAUGGCGCUGAUGUCUUAGAGGACAAGAAUUGUGCUUCUUUAGAUUAAAACGGAGAGCUGCGAAGGAAAGACGUUUCCAAUUUCACCCAUAGAAUUUCAGUCACCUUAUAGUUUGUUGCAAUUGUUAUUUAACUACACCUUCACAACGGUUUCAAAAUGAAGCAAGUCAAUUCUGCUGCCGACUUGGUGAUUGUAUUAGUGUAGUAUACUUAAGACUUAAAUUAUCUGUGCAAACUACUGGCAACGUGGAGGUGUGUGGGGGAAAAAAUUAUCAUACAAUUGCCUUUGACCUAGUGGUCGAGCGAUCUCGCGAUAGUUAUGUAACUACUCGUGUUUAGCUUUUUACUUCCUGUCCGGGGCUCCAUUGGUAUAUUACCAAACGUGUGGUGUGCACGCAUACUUGGCAAUUUUGUCGCAUUCAGAAAUAUUGUGUGCACCAUGGACGCCCUUGCUGUUUUGCCGUCCAACUUUGGAUACGCCAUCUUUACUUACCUUUACAGCUGGAUCAUGCUGUGUUAUUUAGGUGUUAAAGUUGGGGCUGCUAGGAAGAAGUUCGAUGUGAAGGUAGGUGGUCAAAAAGUUACGGAAUAGAUUCUAGCGUUUGUGACUGACUAAUUUGCGUGAUGUUUUGACUCGCAGUACCCCACUAUGUACAGUGACAAGGAGCAAGUGUUCAACUGUAUCCAGAGAGCACACCAGAACACACUGGAGGUGUACCCACAGUGGCUUGUUUUCCAGACCAUUGCAGCUCUAGUUUACCCGGUAUUGUCCUUUUUUAAAUACACUUACAUAAUCAUACGAACAAGUCAUUUUCACAAGGCUAAAGACCGUUUGACCGGACUGCCUCAUCCGUAUUUCUCUAUUUUUUUUCUAUUUUCUUGUGCAAACUUUAGUUAUCAGCCUCAGUGCUCGGGGUCAUCUGGGUCACCAGCAGGUUUUCAUAUGCCUGGGGAUACUACACUGGAGGUAAGACUGAUGUGUAACUAACAUGGAGGUAUUGCAUGUUGUGCAUAAAAUGUUGUACCUAAAUACAGCUCAACAACUGUACUGGUGAGACUUAGGGUUUUUACAGGACUGGACUGACAUACUACAAUUAAAAACAAGACAAACAUUUAAUGGCAAGUUUCAGCUGGUCAAAGGUUGUUUUCCAACCUUUGACCAAAUGUUCUUGCACUGACCAGUAUUACUGCUAUCAGUCUUAACCCAUAACAGUACAGUUUAUUUUACCAUGAACUCUAACUGAUGACAUUGAUUCAUAGAGAGGACAUAGGAUACAAAUCAGGUGUAGUCUACUGCCAAAACUUCACCCCCACUAUGUUGCUCCGUUUGGUACCUUAAAAAUGGGUUUAAGCUUAAAGAGGGACAGGUGAUGCACAUCAGCGGGGUUAUGUUUUUAGAUCAUUGUCAGUAUAAAAAGAAAUACAAUUGUCAGUGUAUUGUGUGAUGUUGUAUUCAUCUUUUUUUAGUUUGUUUUCAAAUUCUGCCUCAUUAAAGUUUUUAUUGUCUGUCUGUGUGUUUUGUUUCAGAUCCAGCCAAAAGAAUGAAUGGUGCAUAUGGCUACAUCGGAUAUUUUGGGGUCAUCAUUCUCUCCAUAUCUGUGGCCUUGCAGUUACUUGGAUUCUUUUAAAUGAACUGCCAUGUCCAAUCACUAUCAGUCUGAAGAGUUUUUUCAGUGCACUGGCUUAUUUUUAGAAAAUUUUCAUAGCAGUGAUACAACAUGUGACACUGAUUUUGUUAUGCAAAAUCAUAAUUUAGGGACCACUACCUCUUUUUCUUUAUAUUUUCAAUAAAUGUGGUGAUAAAACUGAUGUUGCAAAUACAGCAUAUGCUCUGUAAUACCAAAAAGGGUUAACAACAGGCUUUAAAGCUCCAUGUGACUCACACAUGAUGUUUUAGGCACAUAUCUUUGGAAUGUGAAGCAAAAUGAUUGCACAAAAAGAUUGCCUUUUGGACAUCUUGAGAAAUAAACCAUCAAUCAAAUGUUCCACUGUUUAUUUUUAAAGAUGUAAUGAAUCUAAGAUCAUGCUUUCCUUUAUGGACCAAUAAAAAAAGUGCUUCAAGCAUUUUUCAAGCAUUUUUUUUAGCUUCAUUGGAUUGGAAGGCACCCUCUCUUAAUUAAACAUUAAUAUUAAUGAGAUGAUUUUUUUGUUUUCAAUUCACAUUGAUCUGUAUUUGUGGGGUCAAGCAUACUCAGGUAAUCUUUUCACAGUCAGUACAAAGUAAACUGUUUUCACUUUGUAGUGAACCAAUUUUUCAUCAAUGACUUUUCUCAGUGAGUUGCUGUUAAGCUUGUAAUUUCCUCUUUCCCCCUUUUUUUGGUAGCAAAUGUCAAGUCAAAAUGUUGGGUAUCAGUACUACAGAUGACCCUGAGGCAAGGUUCAUGUGUGUUGAAGUAAUCCCCAGAUGAGACUACAGGGUGGUCUGAAUGACUUGUUCAAAAAGUCACAUGAGAGUUUAGCAAAACCAAUGUGAGAUUUGCUCAGCUCAUGGCAUUAUUAAGAUACUGAACAGUUCAGUGAUACCAUAACAAUGCUUGUAUACAUCCCACCAAAAGCGACUGUUGACGUUCCUUGUGAUGUUCUCCAUGAUACUGUUGCUAGGAUAUGGACUCAACAUUCUGAGGCACUUGUGAUAAUAUCAGGUGACUUCAUCCAUGUCACCCGCUCUUCUCACUUGACUGGAUUUACACAGUUAAUUAACUGUCCUACUAGAAAAAACAAAAACCUUUGAUUUGCUGUAUGCCAAAUUUAAGAAGCUUACAGAGCUACUGUCUUACCACCAUUGAGCAGGUCAGAUCAUAACUUGGUCUAUCUGCUGUUUAUCAGGUUAAUAUCCCUUUGGGGGUAAACAAAGUUCUUGUACCACCAGACAGUGACUCUUCUUAAAAGGGCAAAUUUUACACUUUAUAAAAAGAGGCACAAAUUCAUUGCAUGGCAACAGUGAAGGAGGUUUCUAGAAUGACGGAUGGGCCUAAAGAGCCAUUGUCUUCAAUGUUGCAUCCCAGACAGACGCUAAAAGGAGGGUUUUCAAAGACAGCAGAUAUGUCAAAGAUUUGUUAGACUGUAAAUCAUGUAAAGCUGCUAUGAAACUGUCAGAGGGACAAUUUAAAGCUAAACACAAUCCUGCAAUCUUGUUGAAGAUUAGGAUACUUUAUAUUCUAUUACUAUCAGUGUAAACAGCCAACUAAAUAAAAACAUCAACUUAUCUCUUUAA